CGGCUGCGGAUCCUUUGCCUCUUUCCUCUCCCCUCCCACCAGGCAGAGCAGGCGGGGGUGGCGGGGGCUGGGCAUGCAGCACAUAAACCGGCAGCCAGCAUUCUCCCAGUAGCCAAAGGUUCGCUGUUGUGGCUGAGACUUCAGUGUGGGGAAGACUGAGUGCCAGAGCAGCGGCGGGCACCUUUCAGAGCAGGGGGAGCCUCUCCAGGGAAGAACGAUGCCGCUUUUUCCCUGGGAGCUGCUCAGCCUCUGGGCUGUCUGGAACCUGACUACCCUGGGAGCAGGACAACAUUUAGGUGUGAACAAGUGUGCCACCGAGUGUACCUCAAUGACUUCAGAACUACGCAAGAAUCUCUUGAAGAGCUAUGAGGAGACCAAGCCGUCGUGCCGUCGGAAAGUUAUCAUAUUCACUACUAAGAAGAACAGGCGCUUUUGUGCGGAUCCUAAGGAGGAAUGGGUUCAAAAUGCCAUGAAGCAUCUGGACGGCAAAACUACCCUUGAGAAUCCCGUGACAGAGAAGAAAGAUGGAGGGACUUUUGAAAAGUUAACAGGCGGUCAAGGGCCGACAAUCCCGGAGGGCGGCAGCGCAGCUGCCCCUGUUUUCGCUUCCGCCAAUGCUACUGCUACUGCUUCGGCCAAUGUUACUGCCCCCAGAAAUGAGAGCCUUGAGGAGUUCAGUCCCGGGGCCACGGAGAGGACCACCGUAACCUCCCCGGGGCCCCUAGAAGUGUCCAGCCCAGUACCUACAAGCCCUGAUCCUGAGGUGGAAGUUUCCUCUUCAACAGCCACUGACCCUGACACUGCCUCCAGAAGCCUCUCCGUUCACCCCCGGGAAGGUGACAGGUCGACCACCACUGCCGAAUCCAUGCCAACUGCGGCCCCGUGGGGCUUGACUCCCCUCCCAUCCAAAGCUGGUCUCCCUCAUGAGGAGAAGGCUCCUGAGUUCACUCCGGGGCCCCCAGCUGUUCCGUCCUCCCCCGGGACCUCCCUGGUUCAGUCCGAGAAGGCAAGCAACUCCACCGAGGGACGGGAAACCAGCACGAACCAAGCCCCCAGGAGCGGAGAGGGGGAUCGUGCCGCCACUUCCACAGGCCCAUUCUCUGACUGGGGGACAGACAGCACAGAUGCUUCUCCUUUCCCUUUGACGAGCACCAGUUCCAAGCCGGCGAGCGACAACAGUUCAGCUUCCCAGGGCAAAGAUCCUCUGAGGGCCUCAGCUGAGUCCCAGGGGCUCGACAUGCCCAUCACGGCCAACCCCAUCUCCCCAGAGGCCGCAACCAGGAGGCAGGCUUUCGGCCUUCUGGCCUUCCUGGGUUUUUUGUUUUUCUUGGGGGUCGCUAUGUUCGCCUACCAGAGCCUCCAGGGAUGCUCCCGGAAGAUGGCCGAGGAGGUGGUGGAGGGGCUGCGCCACAUGCCCAAGAGCUGUGGGAGUAACUCUUACGUCCUGGUACCUGUGUGAGCCCCUCCCGGCGUCAGACUCAGUCAGCUUUCUCACCUCCUUCCUUUCCUUCACCGGGAACGUCGUCGUCUUUUAAGAUGAUGCCAUCUCUCCCGAGCCAGGUGGCUGGACUGAACCGGAAACCCCAACCCGAGGAAGUCAUCUUGGAAGGGAGCCAACACCAGCCCCAAGGGUGGACUAGUGCUUCUGAACGGGGCUCGAGAGAAGCGGUUCACUGGUCACUGAGCCCCUAAUUGGGAAAAAAAGUCCUUCUGCCGCUGGUCGGCCGGUUCCCCUCCUAACCCAACCCUCGCCAUCAUUUUCUUAGUAUUUAUUGAGGGCCCCCAGGUGCCUCUGACCGUUGCUAUACCACCCCCAUGCCUUUGGCUGGCUGAGUCAAGAACUCUUUCUCUAUUGUCCUUUUGCUGCCUGCCCACUUCCCGUGGCGGGUGGCAUCGUCCAAGUCACUUGUACAGUUACAAUUUACCUUCACUGGGACUUGUUUGCAUGAAGCAGAUGUGACUUCCUGGGGCAACCCCCUUCCAGUCUGCCCAAAUCCCGGAGACUAGUUCGUUCCCCCUCAAAGACCGGGGCAGUGGAAAGGGGCAGGAUACCUUGUAUUUUUGUUUCUGUUAUCUUUGGUCUCAGCAAGUCCCAAAUGAAGGUUUUUGCUCCAGGAGGGUGGAGUGGCUAGGCUGUUUCUAUGAUCCCACAAGAUCCCCACUUUGAAUCUCCUUCCUCACCACAUCCAGACCCCCCUAAACCUUCCCCUUCCUCCAAGUCUUUAGGUCAGCAAAGAAAGUUGUCCAAUGGCUUCUACUGACCUGUUGUCCUCUUGGGAAGCCCUGAACGAAGGGGAGAGAAGGGGGGUGGGAUGCAAUAGGGCAGUAACCCCCAAAAGGCUGCUAAAGGGAUGGGCAGCCAGCGUGACUUCUUUUUUUUUUUUAAUGGUAUGCGUUAAGCACUUUCUAUAUGCCAGGCACGCUACUGAGCA